AAUUCCAAUUUGAAUCCUUUCAAUUUUUAUUUAUUAUCUUUAGUGUGAACUGUCAAUUUGACAACUGACAGUUUACACAUGUACCUUCCCCCGUGUCCUCCCCGCUUUGACUAAAAAUAACCUAAAAUUUAUGAAUAAAUAAAGGAUUUAAUAAAUUAAAAUGGAAGUUGGGGCUGUAAAGCAAGCAUUUAACAAUGAGCUUAUACUGUUAAAGAAAAAUUUGAACCAAGCCAGAACGCAGGUAAUACAUAAGCUGACAAGAAAAGCCAAGACUCUUACAGAAAAGAAGGCUCCAGAUACUUUAAAAGAGAAACUAAAGAGAAAAGCGGAAUCUGCUAUAAAUGAAGUCUUAAUAUUGAAGAAAAUAAAAGUCAAGGACUUGGCACAGUUUAUGAUAACCCAUCAAGGUGAACUAAAGGAUUAUUUAAACAGGCCCAAUGUGGACCACAAUAAAGCAUGUGCCAGACUACUCCUACACAAAGCAUUGCAAGAAAAGUACAAACACAUCAGAGGAAGAUUUGCAAAGGUACCAAUUAGAGAUCUAUUUAUGUCUAGACAAGAAAGAUUAAAACUGAAAAAAGAGGCAAAAGAAAAGCAGAAGAGUAAACAAAGAGGAAAGAAUGGGAAAGUUGUUAACGCAGAAGGUGAUUGGGAUGUUGAAGAUAUUAAAAUGAGUGAUAAAAAGGUAAUGAUGGAUGGAGAUAAUGACAUUGAAACUGAAAAGAUGUUUUCUGAUGAAGGCAAUGAUUUUGAAAUGGAUGAUGAUUCAGAUAAUGAACAAAGUAGAGGCAAAGCCUUACUAGGUGAUGCAGAUUCUGCAGAUGAACAAGGAAGUCAAGAAAGUGACGAAAGACAUCAGGAUAGUGAGGAAGAUGAGGUUGGUGAUGGUAAUGAUAGUGACAGUUGUGAUGAUAAUAAUGAAGACAAAAAGUCAAGUUUGGGUAAUUUUGUUAAACUAAAACCAGAACUAUCUAAAAAUAUUCAAGUUAAAGACAAAAAUACUGAUUUAGAUAGUAAAAACAUUGUGAAACGAAAUAAAGUCCCACUACCAGUAAAAAAAUCAGAGAAGAAAAAAGAUGUUAACAAGAACAAAAAUCUUAAUGAGAAGUUACUUCAAAGGAAAUUCAAGAAAGGUGAAGAUGAAGCUCCCGUGGCACAAAAUAAAGUUGUAGAUCCCUUCUUUAUUACAUCUACAGGAGAAAACUAUAUGUCAGUAGCAGAACCCAGACAACCUGAUGAGGUUAAAGAAAUACAUAAACAGGGUAACAGAAAGUUAAGAAGAGCUGCAAUGUUUGGUCAUGUACCAAAAAUAAAACCAAAAGAGAAUUAUGAUGACUCCAGAUUUAGACAGAAUGAUGAUAGGGGCAAUUUUAGAAGUAAAUUCAAUGACAAAGAAGAUAAAAAGUUUAAUAAUAAGGGUAAUUUUAAUGAUAGAAAGUUUGAUAAUAAUAGGAAUUUUAAUUCUAAAAAAGACGAACCUGAGAAAUUGCAUCCAUCUUGGGAAGCAAAGAAGAAAAAGUCUGGCAUUUUACCUUUCGAAGGAAAGAAGAUUGUAUUUGAUGAAAGUUGAUGUAAUUAAAUAUUAUUUUUAUAAUUUGUGUUUCAUGUGUACAUCUUCUAUUUGAGGGUACAGGCAGACUCACCAGAGUAAUUAUUGUAUGGCAGUAUGGUGAAAAAUAAUAAAUUGGUUUACACUAAAUGUAAUAAUACUAUGCUGCUGUUAGAAAAUAACUUAAGUUGCUCUAGACGGCAUUUCCAAUGUGUGGUAUUUAAAAAAUAAAAAAAAAUUAAUUCGCGA